GCAAGCUUCUAGUAGACGCUUUACUUCCAUAACUGCUAUUAAGGCUAGAUAUCAACAACAACAACAACAACAACAACGUACUUGGGCUCCAGUUAUGGCAAUGGCAACAUUGGCAACUGUCUCUACUGGAUCUUAUUUUGCGCUCAAGUCCUCUGUUGUUCAUGCAGAAGCCAAAGACCCUGUUUAUCCUGGUGCUGUGGAAGAUCCAAGUACUCGCAUUCUUUUUCCAGUAUAUUUGAAUACAAACUCGGAUUGGAAACGACUAGUGGGACUUGGUGUUCGUCAAGUUAGCUUCCUUAAACUCAAUGUCUACGUUUUGGGUCUUUAUAUGAGAAGUGAGGAUAUUGGUGAACUUCAGAAGGAUGCAAAGUGGAAGGAUUUUAACAAGACUGACUUUCUGGAAAACGAAGAUCUGGCUCUUUCUCUCUUGGAUCAACCUGUGGAUGUCUCUAUUCGAAUUGUACCUGUGCGAAAUACCAAUACACAACAUCUUCGUGAUGGAUUUACUCGAUCAUUGCUACAGCGUAUGAGACAACAAUCAAAAACCAUGACUGAAGAAGAGGAAACAGAAAUUCUGGAGGCAAUUCGUGAUUUUAAGACCAAGUUUGUCAACGCAAAAGUGAAGAAGGAUACUGAAUUCGUAUUUACAAAGACGAGAAAAGGUGAAUUCAAAAUGGAAUAUGAGGGCAAGGAUAUGGGAACUGUGAAUAAUAAAUGGCUUGCUAUCAAUUUUAUCAUGACUUAUCUUAAUCCUACAGCACCUGCAAGCGAAGAUGCUCUUUUGGAUAUUGCCACUGGUUUCGACAAUUUGAUGCAUCCUUCAUCUAUAAACACAAAUUAGUUAUAGUAUCAUUACUAUUUAUUGUUAUUAUUAUUGUUAUUAUAUUAUUAUUAUUUUGUCAAAUAUACACAAUAAAAUCUUCUUAUUUUUUUGCCUAU